AUGGCGCCUGACGCAGAGAAUUCUCCUCUGCUGCCGCAGCAUCAGAACUCGGCCUCCAAUACGUCACCACGGGCAAACCGGACGUCGCGGUCGGUAACCUUCAAUCCGCUCACCCAAAUUAGCACCUAUGGCACCACUGCCUCUACAUCCGAUCCUACAUUCCGACCCUUGCAAGCAGGCUCACCUCCUGUGCAGAAUGUCAACGCCCAGGGAGGCCAGCCCCGUCCUGGCAGCCAGCCCAUGCUCUCAGCAUUGAACAGCAAGCUUCGUCGUCGCAAUAGUCAUGGGGCUCCCUUCAACCCCAUAUCCAAUCCACCACAUGCGGCAUCUAAGAUUGGACCGCAGCGAACAACCAAAAAAGCGCAAAAACUAAAACUGCUGCCGGACCCUGUGACGGAAGAGGAAGAAGGGUCUGAUGGAGAUUUCCCUCGGGAUGUCUAUUCACAAAUCACUCGCAUCAAGGACCCCGCCGCACGAAGCCAUGCUGCACGACUGGGCAAAGCCGACCGCGAUCGCAUACCUCGGGUGACAGCUUACUGCACGGCCAAUUCGUAUCGACUCGAAGGCGUUAUCAAGUUCCUCAAGUCGCGGAGCAAGACUCGUGGAGCCAACCCUAAGCUGUAUGAUGAAUGCGUCUACUCUCCUUUUGAUUACCAGUACGAAGAAAAGCAGAACGCACGGUUAUUUCAAGAUCCAAAUGGCAAUGGACACCAUGAGAGGCGACCCAGUGAAAGAAGAUACUCGGAUAGUGCGGUGGAGGUUGAAGACAAUAAGAAGACCAGAAGAGAGGACUUGAUUGAUCUGCACAACGAGCGCAGUCACUCAAAUGAUAACGAACAAGUAGUCGUCAAAGACACUCCUGAUAUUGACACCACAAUCCAUACACCCGAGAUAUUCCUCUUCGACUACGGAACGGUCGUAAUAUGGGGAAUGACGCCCGCGCAAGAAUCAAGAUUCUUGUCCGAUAUCUCCAAAUUUGCGACCUCCAUAUUGAGUCCUGAUGACACGCAGAUUGAGAACUUCAAUUUCUACUAUGCGCGCGAGUACCAGGCCAGGAUUUACAACGACUUCAUCUCUCUUCGCGAUCCACGCAACAACAUGGUCAAGCUGGCAAUCUCUCAUGCUCUGGCCCAAUCGGUCAAGACCUCGCUUUUCGAAGAUCUUCUGUCAGAAACAAUCACCGACACUGCACCGCUACCUGCCCAGAUUGCGCAAACUGGUAGCGUCAAUCUCACCCGUCGGCAAAUCAAUAUGCAGAUUGGAGAGCUUUUCAUUCUCCGUAUCAAUAUUCACUUGCAAGGAUCUGUCCUCGAUAGCCCGGAACUCUUCUGGGCAGAGCCGCAGUUGGAACCUGUCUACCAGGCAGUCCGAAGCUACCUGGAGAUGGAUCAGCGUGUCAGUCUGCUGACGGAACGGUUGGAUGUCAUUGCGGAUCUUCUUGCAGUUCUAAAGGAUCAAUUGACACAUCGCCAUGGCGAGUAUCUCGAAUGGAUUGUCAUUGUCUUGAUCGCCGCAGAGAUUCUUGUGGCUGGAAUCAACAUUGUCGUCGAUCUCUACGCUGGAGUAGACUAGAGUGACAGAUACUGUACUCAUCAACCAAAUCCACGCUCGUCUCGACCAAUCAACUGUGCUGCGAAUACUUGUCUCUCAUGCUAUGUAUUACCGGCAUAUUGCUUAUGUGCCUUGUCAUACAAUCCAUUCCGAUCCUACAUCGACAACCGCACAAGGAACACAGCAUGCGGGGAAAACACCUGACAGAACUCGCCCGAUGUCAUUCCAGCCGCCUAAGGAUUCGAACUCACCCACCGCGUCUAAUCUUCCUAUCUGACCAUCACCCCCUGCUAUCUGUAUCAUCUUUCCAAACUCGUUAUGUCUUCACCUGUACAUGACAGAAGACAUUCAUACCCAGAUCAUCAUAUCCCAUUCCUGUUUCCAAUAAUAGUGUGUCGUCCUUUUUACUGGUAUUGGAGUUGGCGUGGGUUCUUUCACGGGAAAACGGCGUUGGGUAUCUGUACAGAUGGUUCAAUCAAAUCGAAAUGCUAUUGGCCUUACCUUGCGGAAUAGCUCUGCAGGUGUUUUGUUUCCAAUGGAACCAAGUAUUCGUAGUCUAUACGUCCUAUCAACCCCAAAUAGUGCUAUGAGGCUUCCCAAAUAUCAA